AGAAGUGAAAGAUGAUGGAAAUUGCAUCCAGCAACUACUUGGCUGAAUUUGGAAUGGAAGAAUAUUCUAGCAGCUUCCAGGAAUACCCGAUGAUGAUGAAUUCAUUUGAAGAAAUGCUUGAUAAGUUUGAGAUGGACAUGCAAUCUAUGUCAUCAGCCUCCCCAGAGUGUUAUUCCAACUCUGAAACCAAACCACCACCACAUCAACUUCAAACCCCUUUAAACACCAUUACUACUACUACUACUACUGCUGCCAUGCCUUCUAGAUCCGCGUCUCCAUCACCACCCAAACUGAUCUCCUUUGAGGCACCGUCUCUUCCUAAUUCUUCCAACAUUAAGAACCCUAAUCUGAUGAUGGACGACCACAUUCCCUUCUCUGCUUUCUUCAACUAUGAUAAUCCACCGCAUAAGGUCCUUCCCGCCACAGCUAGGAAUCCAGUCCAAGCUCAGGAGCAUGUAAUCGCCGAAAGAAAACGCCGGGAAAAGCUCAGCCAGAGGUUCGUCGCUCUUUCCGCCAUGGUCCCUGGCCUCAAGAAGAUGGACAAGGCUUCAAUAUUGGGAGAUGCCAUAAAAUAUGUGAAGCAACUACAGGAACGAGUGCAGUUUUUGGAGGAGGAGAAGGCUAGAAAGAAAAGUAUGGUUGAAUCAGGGGUGGCAGUAAAGAGAUGUUUCGUGUUUGUUGACGAUGAAGAUAAUAAUGAGAACGAAAUUUCAGCAGCAGCAGCAUUAUUGGAUGGAAAUUGUAAUACACUUCCGGAAAUCAAAGCAAGAGUUAGUGGUAAAGACGUACUCAUCAGAAUCCACUGCCAUAAACAAGAGUGCAAGAACAGUAGUAGGGGUGCUCGUGAGGCUGCAAUACUCUCCGUAUUAGAGAAGCAUAAUCUCACUGUUCACACAACCACCUCUUUGCCCUUCGGCAAUGACACUCUCGAUAUCACUAUUCUCGCUCAGAUGAACAAGGAAUACUCCAUUAGGACAAAGGAUCUAGUAGGAAGCCUACGGGUGGCUUUGACACAAUUCAGUUGAAGAUAGUGCAUGCAUGAUCAGCAUCAUGAUUACAGCAAUAAUAAUAAUAAUGAUACUUUUUACCGCAGUGCUUUCAUAUAUCAGUAUAUGAAUGCAGGCCCUGUGUGUUUCUCUGUUUGAUUUCUUCCAUUAUUGGCUAGCUGGGUUAGUUACACCUUAUCCCAGAUCAGAGAGUAGCUAGCUUAGCAUAUUCUUUUCCUCUUCUUCAAGAGGUGGAUUUUUUUGAGAGGUCUUCACUUAUCAUAUAUAUUACACAGUGACACAGACCUCUUUGUAAUUCCCUCUUUUAUUAUUGUUGAGAAAAGGAUUUUGUUUCAUAAACUAUAUAUAUAGCAUGCACUUAUGUAUUAUAUUUUAGAAAUUGUUCCUCUUGUCGUUUUA